GGUACGCGUUUCAGGCAGAAUGAGAGAGCUUAUCCUAAUGGCCGCUAUUUGCGGGUCGGUUUUUCACGCCAGCGCGAUAUCCGAUCCCGCGUACCAGAACACCCAGUACGCUCAGGCCAUCCCGCAGGGGUACAAGCAACCUGCUAGGCCCGUAUACGAAGCAAAACCCGAGGGAUUACAGUACUAUGCCAGUCAGCAGCAGCCCCAGAAGAACGUUAUACAGAGGCCUCAGAGUCCCAUACCUCAGAUAUUGUUCACCACCAUUCCCCAGGCUCAGCUACAACCGCAGCAUCCGCAGCAGAGACCCGUCCAAACAUUAUUCUAUGACCAGGCGGUGAAGGCCCAGCAGCAAGCUCAAGCCCAGGCCAGGCAGUCUCAGCAGCAGCAGCAGCAGCAGGCUUACGCGCAGCCCGUGUACCAGCCUCAGGUCAAGUACGUGACCAGGCCUGAACAGCCCGUGUACAGCGCGAAGAUACCGCAGCAGCAGCAGCAGCAGCAGCAGCAGAGGCAGCAACAACCCAGAGACGACCAGGCCGACGACUAUGACCCAAGCCCGUCGUACCAGUUCGGCUUCGACGUUAAAGACGACCAGUACACCAACUACCAGAACAGGAAGGAAGAACGGGAAGGCAACAAGAUCACCGGGAGCUACUCUGUCGUCGACGCCGACGGCUACAUCAGGACCGUAAAGUACACGGCGGACCCGAAAGAGGGCUUCAAAGCUGAGGUGACGAGGGAACCCACAGACAUCGUCAUCAAGACGCCCAAGCCGGACCCUCAGCAAUUUCAGACGGUCCAUCGGCAACCCCCCGUCAGACCGCAAUACGUCCAGGCCGCACCGCAGCAGAGGCCCCAGUACGCUCAGGAAGAAGAUCAGAACGUGGUGUACAGGUACCAGUGACGUGUCUGGCUGGGUUAUACUACUGUUUUAUCGCUAAGUAAUCUUUUUUAAAUUGUAAAUUGUGAUUUUGUUUAUUUUUAUACGUCGACCUACGGUCGUUAGGAUUUUAUUUAUCUGACGGAU